AUGACAUAUCUAGACAUUAAUUUAAGGAUAAUCAGAGAUGGUGAGUUGGCGUAUGCAAGUCGGCGGCGGCGCGGCGUGUCAGCACAUAUACUUCGUCUAAUUGCACCCCUGUGGCGUGAUGGAUGGCCGAAGCCCCACCCUAUGCACACUGCACCCUCUCGCACAAGCGGCAAGCCGAGCCCCAACACAAGGGUUGUUCUCAGAAAUUCCAUUAUCGUUCGCUUCGUUUCAUUUGACAAUGCACCGACUGUAACGUUAAAAGUUCUUCAAUAUCCCUGA